CGAAAGGAUUCUUGAAGGUUGGUUGAGGUGGACAACCUGCUGAAUUUUAAUAUCGUGUCGGUUUAGGCCAUGGCAGGGACAUCACGGCACGAUCGGGAGAUGGCCAUGAAUGCCAAGCGGCAGCUGUCUGCCUGCGCGGAUCCUGUGGAGCGACUGAGGCUGCAGUGUUUGGCACGAGGGUCUUCUGGAAUUAAGGGGCUGGGCCGGACUUUCAGAAUAAUGGAUGAUGACAACAGCCGUACACUGGACAUGAAGGAGUUUUUGAAGGGCUUGAAUGACUAUGGUGUCCUCAUUGAAAAGGAGGAGGCCAUGAAGCUUUUUCAGCAGUUUGACAGGGACGGCAGUGGACUAAUUGACUUUGAUGAGUUCCUUAUCACACUCAGGCCGCCCAUGUCUAAUGCUAGAAAGGAAGUGAUCCUGCAGGCCUUCAGAAAGCUGGACAAGACAGGUGAUGGUGUGAUCACCAUAGAGGACUUGAAAGGGGUUUACAAUGCUAAGCACCACCCAAAAUAUCAGAAUGGAGAGUGGACAGAGGAACAGGUAUUCCGCAAGUUCCUGGACAGCUUUGACUCUCCUUAUGACAAGGAUGGGAAGGUCACACAGGAAGAGUUUAUGAAUUACUACGCAGGUGUGAGUGCAUCCAUUGACACAGAUGUCUACUUUAUCGUUAUGAUGAAAAACGCCUGGAAACUAAACUAA